AUGAUAUAUCUCAAGUCUAUUUUGAAAGUCGUCGAUAAUUCUGGUGCUCAGUUAGCUGAAUGCAUUAAAGUAUUAAGAAAAGGCUCACCCAAAUCUCCCGGACGAGUAGGAGAUCGAAUCGUUUGCGUGGUUCAGAAAGCCAGACCUCUCACGCAAAAUAUCACGGGGACUUCGAACAACAAUAGAGUGAAAAAGGGUGACAUCGUACAUGCCGUUGUCGUUCGCACCAAGCAAAAAAAUCAAAUGCGGAAUGACGGGUUUUGCGUAAGUUUUGGAGACAAUGCCUGUGUGUUAGUCAAUAAGAACAAUGGGGAGCCAUUAGGUACGAGAAUAAUGGCCAACGACGGGUGUGUGAGCAGCGAGCUGAGGGGAAAGGGAUACAACAAAAUCUCCUCUUUGGCAAGUAGGAUUGUCUAA